AUGCGUCGCCCAAGUGCUUUUGCCCUCCGCGGCUCAUACACCGUUGCGAGUGGUGGGACGCGGCGCAGCGUUGGGGCGACAACUCUCGCCGAUGUGUCGCAGCAGAUGCAGGACAACGACGUCUUUUUUGGGGAGGAGUACUACCUGAGCGACGAGGAGUGCCAGCUCCUCGCAGCACCCAUCGCUGAUUUUCUUUCACGCUGCACAAGUUAUGACAUGUUAGGCACCUCCACGCAGGUUGUCGUCAUUGACGUGGAUGCCGUACUGGCGGUGGCGUUUAUCGCCGCCCAGGAAACGCGACUCAACGCCUGUGUCUUGUGGGAUCCCAUUGCUCGCGUCUUUUGUGGUAUGAUGAGCUCCACCGAUUAUAUUGAUAUCUUGUUGUACUCCCAUGACCACCCCGAUGAGGCAGAGCAGCUUUCACGUUACACAAUACGACAGUGGCGGGAAAAGCGACGCGGCGCAGCGGGCACUAAUACUGAAGAUUUCUCAUCGUCGCUUCCAGCCCCUGUAUUUGUUACCUGCGCCCCGGAUACACCAUUGAAUAAGUGCCUGCAGCGGCUGCUGCAUCAUCGUGCUCGCCGAAUCGCUGUGCUCGCGCACAAGGAGGCCGAUGACGUGAGUGUGUUAGCCGUACUGGAUCUGCAGCAGAUUCUUGUGUACCUCGGUGCCGUUUUUCUGUCUAUUGAGGCGGCAGGUGGUGGACGCCGUGGCGUGGAAGGGGCAGCGGGGGUGGAUGCCGUGAACUCCUCCGUAGUUGUUCCUACUGGUGUUGCCGCUGGUGAUAGUCGCGCGGAUGGUGUUGACCCCGUUGAUUUUGCGGUUUUGUUUGGUGAAGUGGUGCUGCCGCCGCAUGUUCGCAACCUUCUCUCGGCCCCCACGGAUGUGGAGGGGGAGAAUCCGCUGAUGGAGUUUGGAAAGGAGCCGCGGGUGGGGCCAUACCGUGCCAUAUUUGACGUUCCCUUCUGCUACAUUCCGCAACUAGGGAGAAAUCGGAACCACACCAUCUCCGUCACACUUGACUCCCCGCUGCUGGAGGCCCUGCGGCUCAUGCUGCAACACAAUAUUGAUAGCAUCGCGGUGGUGUCGGAGGAGGGCAUCAUCGUGGAUGUCAUUGACCGUAGCGACGUUGUCCGCAUCGAGGAUCAAGGCGUGUACGACAUGAAACUCACCGUUCGCGAGGCCCUUGGGGGCAUGGUGACUGAAAAGAUCUGCGUCUUCCACGCCAAGGACGCACUGCGGGACAUCUUCGUUCACUUCGUGCGGCAGCGGGUGAAGGAGCUGUUUCUCGUAGACCCGGACACCGACAAACUGAUGGGUCAGCUGAACAUCGCCGAGGUGGUGUUCUUCCUGGUGUUUGGCGUCACCACGACUAACACCACGGCGGACGACCGCAGUAGGCUAAGCACAGCCUCGUCCUCCCUAUCCUCCCUCCGCCCCGCUACGUCCAGUGCUACACGUGUGGUUGCCGCCACCACCUCAGACACUUCACAGAGGUAG